CGUAAACACACGCCCACACUUUUUUCCCGCAUGGUGGACUGAAGCGCUGAUGUUUAUUAUUGUUGUGAAGUAAACCUGAUUAUAUUUGUGUAUCUGCGUGGGCAUGUGUGGGAUUUUACGAAGUAUAUUUAGUUCGUCCUUGUCUCUGAAGCAAUGAAGUAAAUACCAGACGACAAAAAAGCCACUGUUUAACGAAACUCUACUCUUGGAUAUUGCGCUCGUUAGCUUGUUAUGCUAGCUGGCUAACAGUGCUGCUUGUGAAAAAUGAAGACUGCUAAUGGUAACAACAGUAUCAUGGACAUGUUUGAGAAGGGAAAGGUCCUGAAAAUAUGUGCUCCAAUGGUUCGAUAUUCAAAGCUUGCAUUCAGGUCCCUAGUGAGGAAGUACGACUGUGAUAUCUGCUUCACACCAAUGAUAGUUGCUGCCGACUUCAUGCGAUCCGUGAAAGCCAGAGACAGUGAAUUCACUACCAAUGAGAGUGACCGGCCCUUGAUAGUGCAGUUUGCUGCCCAUGAUGCACAGACUCUGGCUGAUGCAGCCUGUGUGGUAGCACCUUUCUCAGAUGGAGUUGACCUCAACUGUGGUUGUCCUCAGAGAUGGGCUAUGUCAGCAGGGUAUGGUGCAUGCCUCAUCAACAAGCCUGAGCUAGUGAAAGACAUGGUCACACAGGUCAGAAACCAAGUGGCCAAUCCAAACUAUACAGCCUCCAUCAAAAUAAGAAUUCACAAGGACCUGAGGCGGACAGUGGAUCUGUGCCAAAAAGCUGAAUCAGCAGGUGUGUCAUGGAUAACGGUCCAUGGCCGUACAGCAGAAGAACGCCACCAGCCCGUCCAUUAUGAUGCCAUAAAGACGAUCAAAGACAGCGUGUCCAUCCCUGUCAUUGCCAAUGGGGACAUAAAGUACCUCCGAGAUGUGGAGUCCACUCACCAGCUUACUGGUGUCGAUGGUAGGUCUCUCAAGAUGACUCUGCAAUGGACUGCUGUGGCCCUAUUUCUCUACGUGGAGAUUGGCAUUCUUGUCAUCCUCUGUUUACCCUUCAUCUCACCCAGGAGGUGGCAGAGUAUUUUCCACCUGAGGAUCUGGAGUUGGAUGGCACCGUUCUGGAACAAAGUGUUUCUCACAAUGAUCAUAAUACUCAUCGUUCUCUUCCUUGAUGCCGUGCGUGAGGUGAGGAAAUAUUCAGCUAAAGAACUUGGCACAGACGCCAAACUGCAACCGAACAUGUUUGACCACCUGCACAUGAAGCUCUUCAGAGCCCAGAGGAACCUCUACAUCUCUGGCUUCGCUGUCUUCCUCUGGCUAGUAAUGAAGCGAGUGGUCACCUUGAUUAACCAACUUGCAGCAGCAUCUGCCACUACAGCUGCCCUUCAGACGCAGGCUGAUAAUGCUAACCAGGCUGCCAAAAAAUACAUGGAGGACAAUGAGCUGCUGAAACAGACUCUGAUGGAAGGGAAGGGUGAUAAGGCUACAGCAGAGGGCAUGGAGCUGUUGAGGAAAGAAGUGGAGAAACUGAAAGAAGAACAGAAGACUGCAGCAGAUGCCCUGGAAAACUCCCAGUCAGAGGCAGAUAUAAUGAAGACGCAGAUGGAGCGUCUGGCCAGGGAGUACGACAGACUGCUGAAAGAACAUCAGGAGCUCCAGAAUCUUCAAGACAGCGCAAACAAAAAGGACGACUAGUUAUCGCACAAUCCUUGAAUCUUGAAGUGUUUACACAAUCAUCACGAGAGCCACUGCUUUACCUUCAUAUAACACCUUGUGUCACAGCGUAUAUCACAAACCCAGGAUUGGCUCCUCUGAGAUAAAGACUUUUGCUGAUAUCAGUAAUGGUUUUAAAGCAUGGAGGUAAUUUUUUUUAUUCGGGCAUCGGACUGGCUUACAUGGAGUGCAUAAUACUUGAUGGCUUCCUGUUUCUGCCGGCCACAGUGUGACUUAGUGCACACACUUUCAGGCAGAAGGGAAGAGAGAGAGAGAGAGAGUUCAGUCAGUAAUGGACCCAGGUCUGAUCACAGGGCACUUAUUGUGUUAACGAAAUAUGCAAUGGGUGUUGUUUUAUGGUUUGUGUCAUUAGUUUUAGCCAGGUGCAGAGUGCAAGAUUUGUUUAAAGCUACAGUAGAGAUGGCUAUGAAUGUAUUUUGAUACUUAGUUUGCUCCUUUAUUCCUGUGUGUAGCAAGGACACCUGCUUUGAGCUUAACAAUAUGCAAAUUCAGUCUGAGCUGUUAUGGCUGUGCAAAUAUAGUUUGCAUGUACAGUUGCACGUCACGUGUUCUUGUUUAUCUGCACUUUUUUUUACCCAAGUACUGGUGGUGAAUUGUAAUGGUGGAAAAUUUCUCACUUCAAGUGCAGAAGUUUUUUUUCUAUUGGUUUCCUUCUUCAUUUUAACAUCUAAUGUAAUGAAUCUGUGGAUGCAGAUAUAUUUAUAGGGAUAGAAAAUUUGAUUCAACCAUUUAUGAUUACAUAAGGUUCAAAUGUCUUAACCUGGUAGGAUAAAUUGUUAAAUAUUUGCGUGUUCAAGCUUUGAUUUUUGGGUUAGUGUGAAAGUUGCGUUGGGAGUAUGUGUCAUGAAAAGGGGCUGUGAUGUUUUUGUUUUAUUUCCCUUAUCCAGUGCCUUGUUACUGUGACUGAGGAGCUCAGAUGUAAUCACCAGAUGCUUAAAUGUUUCCAAUUUUUUAUGAGAAAUACAUAGUUUAUAGGGUUAACCAAAGUUCCCUUUCAAGUCAUAAAAUUGCAAAAAUUCCUUGAGUUGUGUUCUGACGUUUCUGAUGAAGACAGGAAACGGAUAGAAGUGCCUUUUAGGUGGAUGUAGAUCAUUUUGUUUAAUAAAGAUACAUUUCUUUA